CUACCUGAACUACACCACCAUCUAAUAAUACAUACUCACUUGAUACUUCAUUUACGACUACAACAACGUUCAAGUCUUAACUACCCACCCAUCCAUCUCCUCAUCCAUCAGUCGUCAGUCUAGGUCUCAGCCUCUCCCAUCAGUCGACCGCCGAUGAUGAUCUCGGUCUUCAAUCGUCUCAUCCUCUCUUCAGUCUUAGACGGUCCGUCCGUCGUUGCCGUCCUGGCGCAAUACACGGGGGCGAUGAUUGACUAUUCCUCUGGUGUCCUAUUCGUGUCCACAAGGUUGUUGGAGACGGGCAUGCAAUCAUCGUCCGAAUCGCAAGCCAUCGCGACCUAUUGUGGUCGCUAUCGUGCGCUUUCGAUUACCCGGCAAAGGAGGGAUGGUAGAAAACAUACCCAUCCAUUAUUCCAAGCAAUUGGAUAUUCCCCACACGAUUUCCAUUGGGAAGUCUCCUUUGACCAUGAUUGUUGUCAUUUAGAUAUCAUUUAGAUGUCAUUUAAAAUACAGUGACCGCAGUGCGAGACUACGAGUACAACCUAGUCCAGUGCUGUACAACACACUCUGGAAACGAGUCCACAUCGCACUGCAUUGCAUUGCAUCGUAGACAGCGCCAAAAUCCCGCGUGGCAAACACACACGGGUCUGUCAGUUCUGUCAGGUCUGUACUCAAG